GGUGAUUGCGGUGGUGUCCAGCCCUAUAGUCUGUAUGCUGUCACUGCUGGGAAUGUCCAAGUUUUAUUGUCAGCUAACAGUGUGUUUUCAUCGCGUCCAAACCCAGACUGUAAUCACAUUUCCCCAACAGACGCAAACACGUUCUCGCAGCGAGUCUGUCUGGCCUGGCGAUGAGCUGUGGCAGCUGUUCCUGAGGACGAGCAGCUGAGCUCGCUGAAGGGCCGCGUGGGAGACACCGCUACACGGGGCAGCUAGACAGGCGGUGCUGUCCCGGGCCCUGGGGGCUCUGGAAGGGAGAAUGAGGACCCGUCUGAGCACUGGGCCCUCAUAAAUGUGGCCCUGGAGGUGUCAUGGCCAAGUGAGGGGCCUCUGGUGCUGGUGCCAGCUUGUCAUACUGAGGGAUGGACACUGCCUGCCCUGCCCUGCCCCAGGUCUCGCAGUCACAGUGAAGCGCUGGGGUCCAGGCCACCCAUUCCCUACAUGCCGUCUGUUUUCAGUGCUGAAGACCACUCCCCUCUUAGAGUCAUUCCACUGUCCCUGGUCACUAACCAACCACUGCCAGAGACCCGCUUGUCCUGGGCAUUUGUCUGCUGGUCACAGUGCCAGAGACCCGCUCGUCCUGGGCGUCUGUCUGCUGGUCACAGUGUCAGAGACCCGCUCGUCCUGGGCGUCUGUCUGCUGGUCACAGUGCCAGAGACCCGCUCGUCCUGGGCGUCUGUCUGCUGGUCACAGUGUCACUGUUCUUGUUCAGUCAGAGCCGUCCUCGGACUUGGUGUCAUUUUUGGACUCUGGACUUUUCAAAAAGAAGUGCGACGGCAUUUUGGAGCGACAGCGGCCACCAUGUUCUGCUGGAUGACAGCCACACAGUUCCAUCUGAUGUUCUACUGCACACGGACACUCCCCAACGUGCUGGCCCUGCCUACAGUGCUGCUGGCCCUCACAGCCUGCCUGCAGCAGAGGUGGGCCCGCUUCAUCCAGCUCUCAGCGCUGGCCAUCCUGGUCUUCAGGGCCGAGCUGAGCCUGCUGCUGGGCCUCGUGCUGCUGCUGCUGCUGUGCACCCGGCGGCUGUCUGUGACCAAGGCCCUGCGCCAUGCUGUGCCCGCCGGCCUGCUCUGCCUGGGACUGACGGUCGCUGUGGACUCCUACUUCUGGUGCUACCUUGUGUGGCCGGAAGGAACUGUGCUCUGGUACAACACCAUCCAGAACAAAAGCUCCAACUGGGGAACCUCACCUCUGCUGUGGUACUUCUACUCAGCCCUGCCCCGGGGGUUGGGCAGCAGCCUGCUCUUCGUGCCUCUGGGCCUCGUGGACAGAAGGGCCUGGGCGCUGCUCCUGCCGGCCCUGGGCUUCGUAGCCCUGUACUCGCUGCUCCCGCACAAGGAGCUGCGUUUCAUCAUCUACACCUUUCCCCUGCUCAACGCCGUGGCUGCCCGGGGCUGCGCCUACCUACUGAACAACUACAGGAAGUCCUGGCUGUAUAAAGCAGGCUCCCUCCUCGUGACAGGGCACCUCCUGCUGAACGCCGCCUACUCGGCCACGGCCCUGUACGUGUCCCACUUCAACUACCCUGGUGGCGUGGCUAUGCAGAGGCUGCACGAGCUGGUGACCCCCCAGACGGACGUCGUCCUGCACAUUGAUGUGGCUGCUGCACAGACAGGCGUGUCUCGGUUCUUGGAGGUCAAUGGCGCCUGGAGAUAUGAGAAGAGGGAGGAUGUGCAGCCUGGGUCGCAGCACAUGCUGGCCUACACGCACCUGCUCAUGGAAGCGGCCCCCAGGCACCUGACCCUCUAUAGGGACACGCACCGGGUGCUGGCCAGCGUCGCAGGCACCACUGGGGUGAGUCUGAACCUGACCAGACUGCCUCCCUUCAAUGUCAACCUGCAGACGAAGCUGGUGCUUCUGGAGAGACUCCUCAGGCCUUCCUGAGGGGAAUGCACAGCACCCCACAGGAAACAGCACAGAACCACAACGUGCCUCCCACGCAGGCCCAAGAAGGCUGGUGGAAGUCAACCACCACGACGCUUGAGGCACGGAGCCCACAUUUGCAUUGUACACUGCUCAUGAGUAUGAGGGUCCCAGACACAGCUGCAGGACAGUCGGCCACCCCGGGAAGCUGCUAUUGGGAGGCACGACACGUUUGCUGCCUUGGCCUCAGAGCACCUAACAGUGCAGCCUUCGGGGAUCAUAUGGGUGUCUGUGUAGCUGUGGAGGCAGCAUCUUUGCACCUGCUGGAUGGUGUCCCCACCUGCAUCCUGAGCUGUGGGUCUUCAUAGUCACAGGGACACAGUUCCAUUUCAGAGGAAACUUUAGACGUACACAUGUUCAA